CGUGUGCGCUGUGGGUAAAUGGGACACCAGCCAACGCCAUCAUCAUAAAUAUUAUUACACGGACAUACAGCUAUAAGCAUUGAACAAAUAAGUGACUUUAUUGUGCAGAGGUUUUCUAAUUAAUUGGCUGGUAGCAUUUUCAUUUAUUCGUGAUCACAAAUAACUGCUUCACCGAACUGUUGGAAUUACUACAGUGAAUAUAGUAAAGAAUCAUGGAUCUCUUUACGGAUUCGAUGGCGCUCACGACAGUGACCACCGAUCAUUAUGACAUGGAACACAGUUUCCUGACCACCGUCAUCGCCACCGUCAGUCUCUCCAUCAUCAUCAUCGUGUCUCUGUGUGCCAACACCCUGGCGACCUCCACCAUACUCCGUGUUCGUCUUCUGCGUGACAACCUCCACAACCACCUCAUCGUCAACCUCAACGUCGUCAGCAUGUGCAUCACUGUCUUCAGUAUGCCGCUGACCUUGGUGUCCAUCUUUGACGAUGGCAGAUUGUUAAAGCGAAACUCUAGUCUCUGUUUGUUCAACGGGUUUUGUUCAAUCGCUUUACCAGUAGCUAGCUCAUUUACCGUUCUAUGGAUAGCCGUUGACAGAUACCUAACCGUGGUUUGGUCCAAACGCUUCCCACCUUCAAGUCUCCGAACCAUCUUCAUGAUUGUCUCCACAUGGGUUGCUUCUUGUGUAGUCGCCAUCUUGCCUAUCUUUGAAGUCCUUUCGGAAUACCACUACAUGCAUGACACCCAUCAUUGCUCGCCGGUGUGGGAAAUGUGUGAGUUCUAUUUCGUGGUCUUCUUUGCCGUAUAUGGUCUCAGUAUUCCUAUCAUGGUUAUAUCCUAUUUCUUUGUCGUCUAUCAUCUCUGUAAGAAGGAACGCAAGAUGCAGUCUCAUCAGUCCUUCAGGUCGAGGUCAAGGUUCUCUUGGUCCGAGCGCUCGGUGAUGGUACCGAAGAGGAAAAGGGCGGAGAGAACGACAAAGGAAAAAAGUUCAUCCCUUGUAGCUGAUUCAAGCCACAUAAGCAACGGAGUUGGACCGAAGAAAGAGAAAACACUGCACGAUUCCGGCUAUGCGUCCCCUCCAAAGAACUCAAUGAUUGGGACCGAUAGUUCACCUUCAAGUGCUGUGGUUCUAACUGAUGCAGUCGAUAUUUUCAAGCAUGACAACCUGAAUAAGAACAACUCUGCAAGUACCGACGAUGGUACCGAUGAACCAAGGAUGUCAGCUUGUGCUCGCCAAGGAUCCGUGCGAAAUAUGAUUAAACAACUUGAGAAAAACAACAACACGCACAGAUCAAAAUACGACUCGUUGCCUAAGGCGAGACGCAAACUGCGUGUAGAAUCAAACGAGCUCCGAAAGGCAGCUUCCGCUAAUGAUGUUUUGGAUUAUGAAACUAAUGAGAGUAACAUCUACGUAUCUAAUGGCAAAAGUGGCAGUAAACAGCAUUUAAAUGAAGAGAGCUGUCAAGCAGACCUGCUAAACGAAGGAGAGGUCCGCUGCGACGUUCCUUCAAAGACAAUCACCAGAGCAAAUAUGGCAACACCACCUGUAUACCAUUGCUACGAUGACGACUGUACACCUGAAGUGGUAGGAUUUAUGAUUUAUGAAGACGCCGAACCUGAUUGCAGUCCAGAAAGCACAAUGCUCGUGAAUCAGGUUGAAGAAUCUGAUUAUCCCAUCGUGCCUAAUAUCAUCAUUGAAGAUGUUUUAGGAGAAGACCGUGCAUCAGAUUCAGAUGAGGACAGUACUGAUACACCAAACUCAUCAACACAUUGUUCUCAAAAUGAGGAAAAUCUGUCGACAUUGCUGCAGACAGCCGCUGUUGAUCAAGAUCUCCUAGUCGUACCCAACACGUCCUGCAUGAAUGGCGAAUUGGACAACACAUCAUCCUGUGAUGGUAGACAGGAUGACGAUGCAACAUUUAGAACUGUCAGUGUCGGGAACGUUUCGGGUUUGCAAUUUUCUGUAUCUAUCGAGCGUCUUGCUGCGCCAGACGAACAAAGUUCAUCACAUGACGAGUUUAAGAAGAAGCGAGAGGGAUCGUUCGGAAGCUCAUCCUCCAUUAAAGCGAAAUCAAGGAGUGGGACAGACACGUCGAAGGUCAAGAGAGGAAGCACUCGAAGACUGAGCAUGAGACCUACCUUAACUGCUGAUAAACAAGUUGCACUUAUGGGCGGAUUACUCGUACUGACUGCUAUAAUUUGCUGGACCCCUUACUUCGUCAUCCACUCGUGUUUCUUCCCCAUGAACAUUGCACCGCAUUGGAGCAGCAUCCUGACCAUGUGGCUAGGCUACUUGAACGCCAUGUUGAAUCCUCUAAUCUACUCAUUCACGAAUCGGCGUAUCCGAUCCAUGGUGGGUACGUUCUGUGGUAAGCGAUGUAGGGUCAUCAAAGCACUAAUGUGCAGAAAAGGAUCGGAAUCCGCUACAAUCGUCCCACAUUAGCCCUGUCAACUUGGAAUGCUGUUUAAUUUGUACAUGUCAUUUCUACCAGGGAUAAUGAAAGGUAUUUUCCAGAGUACUUUGUUCCAGCAUCCAUUAUUCAACAUUUCAACAAUCUUACAUGUACCUAUUGUCUAUUAUUCCAUUUUAAAAAAAAUUAUACAUUUCAAGGUCGUCCUUCCAUUCCACCCUCUACUUCUGUGACCUAAGUUGUGUGUUUUUUGCAUAGAAGUCUUUAAUAUUUCUCUGAGAUGAUUAGAAAAAACAGUGCCCAGGGAAGAAGAUGUUUAUUUGCCGUGGUCAAACAUUUUCGUAUGAUGAUUGACGAGCGAAGCUUAUUCUCAUCAUUUGUCUUAAUAAAUACAAAUAGUGAAGCAUUGACUUCUACGAUCAUCUCUGUGAGAUUGUCAUACUUUCACAUCUUUUCGGACAACACCCUCAGAAUUGCCGCUAUGAUUUUUAUGUUACAAAGGAUAAAUCCCCAUCUUUAUAAAGUUAUUUUUUGGCGAUUGCAACUAUCACACUCAAUGGCGGAUCCAGGAUUCACUAGCGAAAGGGGGCAGUUUUUCUCACAAAUUUCCGAAGUCUUUAAGGGCCCCACUAGCUGCCGGUAGCACAAAUUGGGGCACAUAUUUUUUGUUUUCAUAAUCGAUGUGUACUUCAGGUAUGUCAUAUUGUGUAUUCCCGGGGAAAGGGCGGGGCCCAAGG